AUGGGAACUGAGCCCAGGAGGGGCAUGCGCAUCCCUCCGGCCUCCAUUCUCAUUGACAAAGGACUUGAGGAAACCUUUGCCGACAAGAACGGAGGCCUGGAGGGAUGCUUGAAGCACCGAACAGGCCAAGAAACUGAAGGCUCACUAGAUCUUUGCAAGGGGAACCGAGUCCCCCUCGAGGGCGUGGGCACAUUCCGAGUCACCUACGGAGACUACGAAAGAGACCUGCCACUGACCAUCGUCACGAAGCAGCUUCCCAGCCUUCUCGGCAUGGGGUGGUUCCGAGCCCUCGGCAUGGGCUUCACCGGCGUCCACCAGAUGCUCAAGUCAUCGUUAAAAGACAGUCUCCUGACCAAGUUCCAGGACGUUUUCGGGGACACGUUGGGCAAGUAUGUGGGGACCCCUAUCUCUCUUAAUCUAGACCCCAACGUAGCCCAAAUAAGACUCAAGGCGAGACGGGUGCCCUUUGCAUUGAAACCAAAGAUCGAUGCGGAACUGGACAAAUUAAUUAAACAAGGGAUCUUGGUUCCCGUUGACCACGCAAAAUGGGAAACCCCCAUAGUGACCCCAGUCAAGUCGGACGGCUCAAUUAGAAUUUGUGCCGACUACAAGUGCACGAUCAACAAGGCUUUGCAGCCGAGCGCCUAUCCGGUGCCGAUCGUGCAUCAUCUACUACACUCCCUGGGGCCAGGAAAAAUUUUCGCCAAACUAGACCUGGCCCAGGCCUAUCAACAACUUCCUGUCGAUGAUGCCACGGCUGAGGCACAGACAAUAGUGACCCAUAGGGUUUUGGGGUACAGGGUGGAUGGCACAGGCAUCCACCCUACCGAAAGCAAGGUGAGAGCUAUUAAGAGCGCACCUGCCCCCAAGACCAAAGCAGAGCUCCAAGCCUUCCUUGGACUGCUCAAUUUUUACUCAAUGUUCCUGAAAGACAAGGCUACUGUCGCAGAUCCCCUACACAAGCUAUUGGGGAAGAAUGUACCAUGGGUCUGGGGGAAACCACAAGCAGCCGCAUUUGAGGCUGUAAAGAGACUUCUAUCGGAAGACAGUUUCCUAAUCCAAUACAACGCGGCGCUACCGCUUGUAUUGGUUUGUGACGCCUCCCCCGUAGGAGUUGGUGCCGUCCUAGGCCAUAGACUGCCGAACGGCCUAGAGGCGCCCAUUGUGUUUUACUCUCGCACUCUGUCAAGCGCAGAGCGGAACUAUAGUCAAUUGGACAGAGAGGCUCUGGCUGCAAUUGCGGGGGUUAAAAAGUUCCACGAAUACCUUUAUGGCCGGCAAUUCGAACUUGUGACUGAUCACCGGCCCUUGCUAGGACUUUUGGCAGGCGACAGGCCCACCCCCGCUGCUCUUUCCCCACGUUUGACUAGAUGGGCUAUUUUUCUUUCGGCCUAUUCAUAUCAGCUUGUACAUCGACCCAGACGGACCCUGGGUCACGCGGAUGCCCUCAGCCGCUGCCCCCUACCUGACUUACUGACCAACCCAACACCAGAGGCCUCCGUCCUUCUACUGGACACAUUAACUUUGGGACCUAUUUCCUCUGCCGAAGUGGCAAAAGCCUCAGCCAGGGACCCGAUCAUUCGCACUGUGAUGGGGUGGGUGCUGAAAGGGUGGCCGGUCAAGGUGGACGGGGGGGACUACCAAGGUUUUGUAAACAAACGAAAUGAACUGUUUACGCAAGGUGGUUGUUUGUUGUGGGGUGACAGGGUGGUAGUGCCAACGAAACUACGAAUGAGGGUCUUAGAAUUGCUGCACGAAGGGCAUCCGGGCAUUGUUAGAAUGAAAAGUUUAGCCCGCAGUUACGUAUGGUGGCCCAACAUGGACCAAGUUAUCUCUGAGUGGGUGGGGAAGUGCAGACCCUGCCAGGAGUCUCGCCCCGAUCCCCCGGUAGCGCCCAUCCGAGAGUGGGAGAAACCAAAAGGGCCAUGGGGGAGGAUCCAUAUUGAUUUCGCUGGCCCCUUCCAUGGGCAAACAUUUUUAAUUGUAGUUGAUGCCUUUUCGAAAUGGCUCGAAAUAAUUCUAAUGCCCUCUACCACAGCCGAGGCAGUCAUUAAAGCCCUUCGCAAGCUAUUUGCCACACAUGGCCUACCGGAUACUCUAGUAUCUGACAACGGCCCUCAAUUCACAGCAACCCUAUUCGAGGGUUACUUGGCCGGCCUGGGCAUCCGCCAUGCCCUAUCGGCCCCGUUCCACCCGGCUUCUAACGGAUUGGCCGAACGUUUUGUAAGAACGGCCAAAGAGGCCCUAUCCAGACUAGAUAACGGGGACUGGCAGGCCAGGAUAGACCAAUUCUUAGCUGUCCAGCAUGCCACACCAUGCACAGCCACAGGGAGAAGCCCAGCAGAGCUCCUCAUGGGCAGGAAGCUUCGGUGCGUGUUAGAUAGGCUUCAUCCUAACUACUCGCACGAAAAUUUCAAGGGAGAGACCUCUGGACUAAGACAGUUUCAGGUUGGGUCCCCGGUGUUUGCUCGCAACUAUGCCAGCGGACCACUAUGGGUUGCAGGAACCAUAGUGGGCAUA